AUGGCUAGCACUACUAUCGCGUUGACUCCUCGAGAGGGUCAACUUCGAAAUCUUUUACUUGAUGUAGCGAACUACAUCAAUGAAUCCAAAGAAAUUGAGAAGAAAAUUGAGCUGCGAUGGGCUGGAGGAUGGGUUCGGGACAAGUUACUCGGGAUUCAAAGUCAUGAUAUUGACACAGCAAUCAAUGUUAUGACUGGGUAUAACUUCAGCUUGAAGAUGAAAGAAUACCUGGAAGACUCUACAAACCUCAGGAAGCAUGAUCUGCAAGCUAAAGAUGUGAAGAAGCUCUAUAAGAUUGCUGCAAAUCCGGAGAAAUCUAAACAUCUGGAAACCGCUACUACGAAUAUCUUCCAAUUCGAUGUGGACUUUGUCAAUCUGCGCAAAGAAACUUACACUGAAGAUAGUCGCAACCCUCAAAUGGAAUUUGGCUCUGCAGAGGAGGAUGCUUUGAGGCGAGAUGCUACCAUCAAUGCUUUGUUCUAUAACCUUCAUACAGAUAUCGUUGAAGAUUUCACCGGAGGACUUGCGGAUUUGGAGGCUAAGCUUAUCAAAACACCACUCGAGCCCUACACUACUUUCAUGGAUGAUCCAUUACGAAUUUUGAGGUUGAUCAGAUUUGCUAGCAGACUAAAUUUUAGGAUUGAUGCUGAAUCAGAGAAAUGUAUGAGUAACCCAGCCGUCAUGGAAGCUCUAAAAGUCAAGAUCAGUCGAGAGCGAGUUGGCGUUGAGGUGGAAAAGAUGUUGAAGGGAAACAACCCAUGGCAAUCUUUACAUCUCAUUGAUCGCCUUGGUCUUUACUCCACAAUUUUCACAGAUCCUAUAGCAGGCGAUGUUCCAGUACCGGAUACAUCGAACUGGAGAAUCGUUUACGAUUGUUUAGAGCAGAUGAAGUCAAACGAAACACCGGACUCAAUUUACAAAUCGCUAGUGCGAUCAGAUGAUGCCAAAUAUAUUGCCUGGGUUCUCGCCGCUUUGACACCAUGGUCGGCAAUUCCACCAGCACAAGCAACAAAACCCGGAGGAAAGGCACCCCCACCAUAUGGAGCUUUGGUUGCCCGUGAAGGAUUGAAAGGAGAUAGCAAAUUAUGCAACAUGGUUGCCGGUGCAUUCAAACAACAUGCCGAGAUCACGGAGCUCAAGGAUGCAAUCAAGAGAAAUGAUUCAUAUAUUCACCAACGAGAUACGAUUGGAAUGAUGAUUCGGAAAUGGGAUUCACAAGGUGGACAUUGGAAAUUACAAGUCCUGUUUGCAUUGCUUGUGGAGGCUUCUAAGCUAGAAGGUGCAGAAGGAUACCAAUCGUUAUUCUCCGAAUGGCAGCAAUUUAUCGACCAUCUUCAGGACCUCGAUGUAAUGGAUGCUCCUGCGAUCCGGCCAAUAGUAGAUGGAAAAAUCCUUUCAAAGGCAUUGGGAGCCAAACCCGGUAUAUGGAUGGGACCGGCUUUGAAUGUAUGUAUGGAGUGGCAGUUAAGAAAUUCAGUCUCAACAGAUGCGGAGGCGGCGAUUGAGGAAGUCAGGAAAAGACGACAGGAGUUAAAUAUACCCCAGAAGCACGAUGCCGUUAGCAUGUACCGCUGGCUUUUGUGCCCGAAGACACUUGGCUACCACCAGGAUCUCGUCUACCAAAGUAGAUAUUCAGAUCUCUCCAGUCUGUCAUGUUGUCGACGAGAAGUACCCUAA